AUGAGCCGCGGAGCACCGAUACCACAACAUGCCCCCACCGACUCUCUCUCCCUGAUGCAGCUGAGGCGCAUCGUGGCCGGAGUCAACUCUGCCGAGCCUGCGGCAUACGAUUUUGUCUACACAGACAUGGGUCCGCAUGCCGAAGAGAUAGACGAGUGGUUCGUGUACCAGUUUUGGCAGUGGGUGCGUCUUAACGCGGCUCAGAAGGCCUUUGAGUGGCACUGGAGUCAGAAGUCGGGCGGCAAGCUUGGCUGGGACGAUGCAGACCACGACACAAGAGCAAAAUUUAUACAGGCUGCCAUUGCGGGUGUGCAGUCAAACGAUGCGGCGUUGAGAGCAACCUCGAUUGGCAAGAUUAUGUACCUGGUCCUGGGUAGAUGGGGAGAUACGGCCAUGCCGCACGCGACGGAUGAGACGAGUCGAUCUAUUGCAAGCAUCUCGCAGCUGCAAGCAAUAAAGGCGGGAGUCACAUGUUUGACGUCGCUGGAUGGCCUCUCGGUCGUUUGGGGAGCGCUGAGGAACGUCUUUGAGAUUCACUGGUCUGGCGAUAUUCAACAGGCAAGCGCUCAAGAUGCUCAGGACGAGUUGAUGAAUCUCUUGACAAUCAUGUACAUUGCUGUUCAAGAGACAUUAAAUGAUCCUGAAGAAAUGUCUCCUACUUACGGAAAAUUGCUUGAACUGAACCCCUCACUGGUUGACUUUCUGAUGCUGGCGAUUUCCAAACUCAGAUGGGACGAGCAAAAUACAAUGCCCCAUACUCAGUCGAUUCUCCUUGUAUUUGGUGGUACUGAUGACCUUGACCGGAUCAAGGAGGCCACCAGCGAGUUAGCUGGAGACAAGAACAAAGACACCAUCACAGCAAACCCCCUAGACUACCACGUCUUUCGCCAGGAAAUCACGUCGAAAUAUCCUGCCUAUGUUCCACCACAGCCAUUAAUACCUCUAGAGGCUGAUAACCCGUCGCUUCUACCACCUCUGCCUAAUAUAAUGACCCGAAAUGGUUCCAAUGGAAUCAUCACACAGCCGACUAACAUGCAGAUGGGAGGAGCAUCUAUCCUCAAUCAGCCGGUGCACAUUGCCACCCCGGCUCCAUCGCCUCCGCCGUCCCCGGGCGUUAGUGGAAAGGGAGGCAAGAAACAAAACUACCAAACCAACCAAAACUUUCCCUUCAUGUAUCCUCCUCUUGAUGCCACCAGUAAUAGUGCUGGCGGGAAGGGUGGCGCUGGAUAUGGCAACCCUCUGGUCUCUAGGAAAUGGGAGGGGAGCGAUAUUCCCGCAUCGAUCCUCGAAGCAGGGCAGCUGUUCUCGUCACGCGUUCGGAUGACCCGAGCGACCCGUCAACUCUGGGAAGAGCGAGAGCGAUUUCUCAAGUUUGAACGCGGCUGGGAGACGGAUGAUGACGGAGAUGAUGAUGAAAACGAUGACAUUGAGGACCUUGAUCUUAGCGAGCUCACGCUGGAGGAAAAGGAAGUCUUGCGCGAACUGAGAGUAGAAGAUAAUAAGGAGAAGAAAAAGAAGGAACGAUCAUGUCCAGGUCCUGAGGUUGACUUGGGACCUUGCCCGGAGAAGCUGAGCGAGCGAGACAAACAACGGCUCCUUGCGGUGGAACGAUUCUAUGCCAACGCCUUGCCUCAUCUUCAGUCUAUUGUGAUCGUUUUGCUUCGUCCAAUUCUUGUUAAUGUCACGGCUAUUGUGACCCAGCAGCAAAAUCAGAUGGCAGGCAUGACCAGUAGGGCAAACAACCCUGGCAUGAACGGCGGCCCUGGAUCACAGAGGGGUAUGGAUGGACAAAGCCAACCCGAUCAAGAAGGAGAGCCGACUCCUGAAGAGAUUGAUGCUACUCGGACACGAGAGAUUACUUCAAAGGCUAUGACAGCCAUUCUUCUACUUCUACUGAAGUGGCUUAGACUCUCACAUGUGCUCAAAUUUGAAUAUUUGACUCAGCUUUUACUAGACUCCAACUAUCUUCCCUUGGUUCUCAAGCUCUUCGCACAUCAAGAUAUUCAACAAGUAGUUGACAGCAAGAUGGACCAUGUUGAAAACAGCUUCUUCCAAUUCUGCAACAUUCGGUCAAAGUUUAAGGACAAGACUGAGAGCGAUCUCGAGAAUGAGGGGGAAGAUGUAGACGAAGAAAACGCUCAUGGUGAAGAGGAAAACAAGGUGGGGAAUCCAGAAGGAGAAGACAGCGAAGAUGACGCAGCACCACCGCCUAUUAAGAGACAGCGAGAGCUGGAGGAACCAGCAGUGGACCAGAUGGAGGAUAUAGCAGUCAACGGGGAGGACCCCGUCCCAAUGAGGCCAGAAGUCGACGAGAUGGGUUUGCCUCUUAGCUCUCUUCCGCUGGAGCCCAUUACCGACUUCUCCAGGAGGAAUUUCUUCUCUCUGAUCAACUACCUCAGGGUGAUGCAAAAGAUCUGCAAGAACAAGGCGCACCGCAACCUCUUGCUUGUGCAGUACAAAUCAUCCACCAUCCUUAAGAAGUCCCUCCGGGUUCCCCAGCCUGAGCUUCGACUAUACACGCUCAAGCUCUUCAAGGGCCAGGUACCGUACUGUGGCCGUAAGUGGAGGCAGUCCAACAUGCGCGUCAUCACAGCAGUGUAUCUCCACUGCCGGCCCGAGCUCCGCGACGAGUGGCUUGCAGGUAGCGACAUCGACGCCGAGGUGGACUCGGCGCUACCCCUGGAGCAGGCCCUCCGGAGCUUGACGCACUGGCUGAAUGUGCGGAGAUAUCCCGAGAAGAUUGCGGCGGACAUUCGCAUUGCGAUGAGGGAGGAGCAGGACUUUUUCUCAAGAGAGCUGGAGAAGGUGGACCUGAACUGGACGGAUUUGAUGCUCAAUGCUGAUGAUACUAUGAGUGAGAUGGAUCAUGCGGAGUCGACUUGGGGUUGA